AUGGAGGUGUCCACCAAGAAUAAGGAUCUUGCAAAAUUUAGCUUGGAAGAUGCACUUAAUUUAUCUGGUUUUGGUAAAUACAACAUUAGCCUGCUAGCAGUGUGUUCUCUUCUGAUCAUGGCGAUGUACAUCGAUAUAUUUGGUUUUUCUGUCGCCCUGCCCAGUGCGGCGUGCGAUAUGCGCCUCACUACCUCCCAACAGGGGAUUCUGUCAGCAGUUCCUUUAAUAGGAGUAAUGAUAUCGUCAUACGCGUGGGGUCUCUGCGCGGAUACCCUCGGCCGUCGGACCACUUUGCUCUACGCGAUGCCUAUCGGAAUGCUCCUGAAUCUUGCUGCCAGCGUCGCGCCAACCUUUACGUCUUUGGCAGUCUUGAAAUUUUUUUCGGGUGGAUUCACAUCUUCAGCAAAUGCAGCAGCGUUUGUAUUGUUAGGUGAAAGUGUACCGCUUAGAUUUAGUGGUCGCGCCAUAUUCCUCAUGGCGAGCGCUACUAUGUUCGUGCAAUUUAUAAUAUGCGUCAUAGCACUACCAAUCAUCGGCCUAACAUUCACAAUAAACGUGCCAUGGUUGUCCAUGACCUACCGGCCCUGGAGACUGCUGCUCCAAAUGAUAUGCAUUCCCGGUAUCGUCGGGACGAUUGGGGUAUUUUUCAUGUUGGAAAGUCCUAAAUUUCUGUUGAGUCAAGGAAAGGAGGAAGCAGCGACUGACGUAUUGAGAAAUAUUUAUAGAUUUAAUAAGGGCUCGACUGCAGAUUAUCCCGUAAAAACAAUAAUUCUGGAGGAAACUUUUAUGGCUGAUGAAAAAGUGCCUUUCUAUCGAAAAAUAUGGAAUCAAACCGCUCCACUCUUUAAGCCACCUUUAUUAAAAAACUCUCUAAUGCUCUAUUAUAUCUUGCUUUGUGCAUUUAUGACGUCAACAGGAUAUACUAUGUGGGUACCAACAAUGACAAACGCUUUUUUUAACGGCGAAGAUCGCUCGGGGAAAACCUUCUGUGAAGUUGCCAGUACUGCGGCCACGCCUACCAACACUAGUACAACCGACUGCGACAGUGUAAUUAAACCAAUGACCAUUUACGCAGUGAUAUGCUAUUCAGGAAUAUCAGGCUUCUUGAACAUACUUCUUACAUUUAUAGUUACUCCUUUAGGCAAGAAAAAGUCAACGCUUCUCAUCUUUGCAAUUCCUUUAAUCUCUGGAAUUAUUCUAUUGUUUAUUAGAAUACCUAUAUUAAGCAUUAUCAUGUUUUAUAUUUUUUUAUAUGUGGUACUCGUAUUGGGAAAUAUUAAUGCGUAUUUGCAGGAGUUAAAUCCUACUUAUUUAAGGGGAAUGGCUACAUGUCUAUCAGUGGUUGUAGCACGAGGUUUUGGAUUUUUCAGUGUCCAAAUAAUAGGCAGUCUACUCGGUAACUACUGUACACAUAUGAUAUCUGGAUAUAUCGUGCUUAUAUUUACUGGAAUGAUUGUAACAUUCUUCCUACCUUCAGACAAAUCUGAAACAGAGUGUAUUAAAAUAGAGAAAACGUCAUCAGUGGUAGAAAAUGGGAUAGAAAGAACUGCUUUA